UAAAACCAGCCAUUUGGGAUGAAGAAGAUAACAGUCACUUAUUAAAACCAGCCAUUUGGGAUGAAGAAGAUAACAGUCACUUAUUAAAACCAGCCAUUUGGGAUGAAGAAGAUAACAGUCACUUAUUGAAACCAGCCAUUUGGGAUGAAGAAGAUAACAGUCACUUAUUAAAACCAGCCAUUUGGGAUGAAGAAGAUAACAGUCACUUAUUGAAACCAGCAACUGCAUGGAAUAAUGAUAAGAAAAAACGACAAAUAUAA